GUGAGGUACGCUUCGCUACACCACCCACAACAUGGGAUUGAAGACCGCUCGCGCCGAACGCGUUAUAUUUACGUUCGUGCUAUCUCGCUCGCGCGCGCAUCUGUCUCGUUUCUUUUAGGUACUCACAGAGUCUUAUCAGAGCGUUCUUAUUGGACAAUCGCGCGACGCUCUCGCUUGAGCGUUAACACUACUUCGGCCCCUGUUAUUUUAGACUUAAGCUCGUUCUGUAUUUACAAAAUAUACGAUAUACUAUACUCUUCUACUUUACACCAUCAUUGCUGUUUUAUUUUACCUGCAUUGCUGCUACAUUUUGGUGACCCCGAGAGAAAAAUGAUGGAACACAAGCAAGAAGUUAGCGAGCCUACAGAACUCGCUGUCGUCUCCGUGCAGUCGCGUCUCCUUCCCUUCUGGCGUGAAUAUCCUCGCAUGUGGUUCAUUCAAUUCGAAGCCGUCGUCGAGCCGCAGAAGACCAGUGACGAAAACAAAUAUCGUUACGUCCUGGGCCAACUACAACCGACCGACCUUCAACAUGUCACAGACAUCGUGAUCAAGCCGCCAGAAACUAAGAAGUACGAGGCCAUCAAACAACGCCUUCUCUCCGUGUACGAGCAGUCCGAGGUGAAAAACUUUAAGAACCUCAUCAGCGGAUUGGAACUUGGCAACCAAAAACCGUCUCAGUUGCUACGACGUAUGCGCGAACUCGGCGGCAACAUGAUCACCGAAGAUGGCAUCAAGAUUGAGUGGAUGAACCACCUUCCGCCGCAAUUGCGAGUUGUGCUGUCUGUGAACACAGAUUCAUCACUCGAUAUGCUCGCGGCAAUGGCAGACAAGAUGAUGGAAUAUUCCGAGUCGGCAAAUAUCGCAGCUGUCUCUUCAUCUCAACCAGAUUCUGCGGCAGUAAACCAGCAAAUCAUGUCCGCGCAGAUACAAGUUCUCUCAAAACAACUCGAGAAUCUGACACUCGAGAUCUCCGAACUUCGUAGCCGUGGAAGACCAAACCAUCGCCGUUAUCAGCGUUCCCGCUCAAGAUCAAAGUCCACUGCAAGGCAUCAACACGAUCCCAAUCGAGUAUGUUACUACCACUACCGAUUUGGAGAUCAGGCAAGACGCUGCGUGUCACCGUGCGCUAGGCGAAAUCAAAAGAAGUCGGAAAACUAGAAGAGGCACCGACCGUGGCGGACGUCGGUGUAACUACGACAAGUAACCGCCUAUGUGUCUUCGAUCGCAACACGAAUCACCGUUUCCUCGUUGACACCGGUGCGGAUAUCUCCGUCCUAGCCGCCACCCCAAUACAUAAGAAGAAAUGUUCGCCAACAUCAUACAAACUAUACGCCGCGAACAGUUCACCAAUCAAUACCUACGGCGAGAAAGAUCUACAAAUCGACCUAGGCCUCAGAAGACGAUUUCGCUGGUCAUUUGUAGUCGCAGAUGUCAAAACAUCGAUACUCGGAGCUGACUUCCUUCGCCACUUCAAACUCCUCGUCGACUUGCAUCAAAAGAAGCUAAUCGACAAGGUGACACAACUAUCGAUAAACGCCGUAGAAAUCUCGUCGAUGCAACAAGCCGUUUACGUACUUAGCAACAAGCAGACAUAUCAAGACAUACUCAAGCAAUAUCCAGAUCUACUGCGACCUAUGUCCUUGAAAACGCCCGCUAAACACAACGUCGUGCAUCACAUCGAGACUACGGGACAACCUGUCUUCGCCCGUGCUCGCCCCCUGCCGCCCGACAAAUACAAAGCGGCUAAGGACGAAUUCGAACGCAUGAUGGAAAUGGGCAUAUGUCAACCU